CUUGGCACCUGUGCGUGCUGCAGUCCGCAUUGUCCUGCAUAUGGCGAGAGGCAGCGCCACUUUGGCACCAGAUCAAUCCCUGCAGGAUGCCAGGAGGGGUGGCAGAAAGUCAAGUCAAACUCAGACAAAUGCAGGCCUGCAAUCGAUCCGACGCUCUGAAGUGAAGUCCCCGAGUGAUCAGCGCACACCGUUGCACCACAUUGCUGCGCAGAUUGAUCUUUAAGGGCUGGUGACAGCAGUGGGCGUCAACCGUCUGCAGAGCACCACUUAAUCAGCGGGGUUCUGGCAGCUACUGCACAACUGCGUUGAUUGGCUUGCUGCAUAGCAGGUCGAGUCAGCGAUGGUGCAGUUGCGAGAGUUCCGGGUAGUGCUCCCUGUGUCGGUUGAAGAGUACCGAGUCGCUCAGCUGUACAUGGUGGCCAAGUACUCCGCUGCUGAGUCAGGGGGCGACAGUGGUUCAGACGGAGUUGAGAUUGUGAAGAACGAACCAUUUGAGAAUGACUUUGGCCGGGGCCAGUACACCAACAAGAUCUACCACUUGGCGAGCAAGCUACCGUCCUGGCUGGUCAGCCUCAUCCCAAAGAACGCCCUGACGCUGGAGGAAGAGGCAUGGAACGCAUACCCCCGCUGCGUUACAGUUUUGAAGUGCCCUUAUCUCAGCAAGUUCAAGCUCCAGCUUGACACCAUGCAUCUUCCAGACAGAGGAGACUCAGACAAUGCCUUGGAUAUGAGCGCUGCUCAACUGAAGAAGAGGCAGGUCGAAAUGAUUGACAUUGCAACGGACCCGGUGGAGAAAUAUGUGGAAGAGGAGGACCCCUGCAAAUUCAAGUCCAAGAAAACAGGGCGAGGGCCUCUGAAGGCAGGCUGGCAUAAAAAGUGCGACCCUGUGAUGACUGCGUACAAGCUGGUGACGGUGGACGUGCCCUACUUCGGUUGGGGCAGCUCCGUGGAAAAGUUCGUAGCAAAGCAUGCACAGCGGAAGGUGCUGCUGGAGGGCCACCGCAAGCUGUUCUGUUGGCUGGACGAGUGGUUCGGCCUGAGCAUGGACGACAUUCGGGCUAUGGAAAAAGAGACGGCGGAGGCCAUGCUCCGGGCACGUGGCGUCUCACGGCCGCGGGACGAUAGUGACAUCGACGUUGUAGACGAGGACGACAGACCGGCCAUCAACGAAGUGGAGGUGGCUGGCACUGACGGCGAAGGCCGGGGACAGGAUGCGGUGGAAGGGGGGACUCCGGGGCGGGUUUCACGCCAAGGGAGCGGCGCCAGUGACGGGCCCGAUCCGGGGCGGCUGGGGCGGCAGCUCUCGCGGCGGGCGUCCCGUUUGUCGCGCAGCAACUCCGAGGAGAACAAGCCCAGCCUGAGCCGCAGGACGAGCUUCAACUCGGCGGGGCCGUCGUUCUCAAUGGGCAUCGCCACCAACUCCGCGCUUGAGGACCCUCAGACGCCGGGCACGGGAGACGUGCCCCCUAUGCCGUCGUACAACCGGGUGGUCACGCCGAGGAGUAAAGCGAACGCCGAUGGUGCGUUCGCGAACGGGAUCGCCAGGGACCCGGGCAUCGAGCACAUGCCGUCCAUUCCGUCGUUUGCGGAGCUGGAGACUGGCGGCGGCGUAGCGAGCCCCGUCAAGAGGACGCUGGUGAUGGAAGAGGUGUCGGCGGGGUAUGAGAGCGAGGAGGUUAGGCACGCGAUCUUGCAGCUCGAUACGGCGAUCGGGCUGGUGAAGAACAAACCGGGGGAUGCGGGAGCCAACGGAGAAGCGAACGGGUCAAAGACACUGGCCGUGAGCGCACAGGCUGGAGCGAGCAUGAACGGUGGUGAUGGGAGCGAGGUGAAGCACUGUGUGUCCGUGCUCGAUUCAGUGAUGAGGUCUCUCAAGAUAAAGGCGUCAAAAUAAGUAGAUGCAGCGCUUCUUUGCCGCGAUGGCCGAUGCUAGGAAUUUGGGGCUCGCAGAUUUGCAUUGGCGCAACAGUCGUUUUUCGUUCAUCCUGAGACAUCAUGGACAUUGUCCCAAUCUGCAACCAGACGGCGAUACCAGGGCGUCGGAAUGGAUAUACAGAUUUAGCUGAUGUAGGCUCACGCGAAGUAAAGCCUCCUGUUCAAAGAAGACCUGAAAGACGGUACAAUAAACUUCAUAAAACAAUCUUCUUUUGAGUACCACAGCGGGCCAUGGCCCCGAAGAUGGUU